CGGUGGCCAUCGCAGACGCAAGCAUUUCUGCAGAUUGUUUGGUAGCUGAUCUCGUGCGUGUCCAUCAAUUUACACGCGAUUGUUGCGGCGGUUUACUAUAGACGAUCGCGACACUUGUCGACGCUUGACGUCAGGGCCCCUGAAGAGUGUAAAGCGACAAAAACUUGGUUGUACGUGUGCCGUGUGCCGUGCAAAGAGGGCAACAGUGGUUAAAAGUGGCUAACGUUUGAUCCACCUAAUUCUAUCCCACCGGCUAGGGGAAGAGAGGAAACACCGGGAGCCCCAUUCGCCCUCGUUCUGCCGCAUUAAACCUUGGCCACUCUUAACGUUGUUUUUUAUUUCGAAGUGCGUACGUUCGCGGUCGGUUCGUUUCGUUCUCAAAUUUCGCAGUCUUCGCGGUCGGUAUAAAAUUCCCAAAAAGAAACCGUCCCGACAAAACAAAGCAGAAUCCAAAAAGUGCAGUGCAAAAAAGCUAGUGUCUCGCGGGUAUUUCAAAACCGAAACACAGGAACGACAACCAACACAGAGCAUAAUAGCAGCCAGCCAGCAAGCCAGCAAGCGGUAGAACGGAACGUGCAGCUUGCGUUUAAUCAGCUGCAUAUCGGUGUGUUUGGGUGUGGAGUUUUGGGAGCUACUCAGGUGUGCGCGUGUGUUCUCGUGUUCACAGAGAUAACAAGAGGCGCCAGCUAAUUUCCAGCACCCCAAAUCGGUGGCCAGAGCGUUGUAGCAACUAUCACAGAAAGCAUCAUGAGACAGAUCGGAAUGGAGGUUGAAGACCCCCUCAAGCGGAUACAGGAGGAGAUCAACGAGGUGGCACGGCGUGAGCAGGAACUGCGCGAAGGACACAGCCGUGGCUCGACCGCUGGUGACCUGAACGAUGAUAGCCUGUCGUCCACAUCGGGCAAUUCGGAUGAUUCGGGUCUGUCACUGUCACCGACCCCGGUCCACUCACCGUCAGUGUCGAACCUGAAGGAUAAGCUGGAGCUCAACGAAGCAGCUCAGCUUGCUGCGAAAGAGAACGAAGCGCAAACGAGGCAUCAGAUGGCGAAUGGUGGCGCUACUGGCCGGCAGUACAUCCUGCCGCAGGCAAAAGCACUGACCCGUGCUCGCUCCACACCGCAGCUCUUCCAUACCAACGCGGCGUCUACGCCUCCGCGACGCUUCAAUCCGAACCCGAAUCAGCGCGGCAUCAUGCAGAAGUUCAUUGCCGCCCGUGGCCGCAUCAACAAGCUGGCCGCCAACAACGGUGGACAGACUGGAGCGAACGGUGCCGCAGCGGUUGUGCCGCUUUCGGCGAUGGCCAGCACCAGAGCCGAUCCGAUUGUGCCUUCGCUGGAUCUGAACCGGUCACCCAUGAUGAUACUACCGACCGCCAUCUCGACGCCACCUUCGAUCGAGCGUGAUUCCAACGGUAAGCCGAUCCGCCGCGGAUACGUGCCGGUGGAGGAGAAGAUUCAGCGGGAGCUGCGCGAUCUCAAGAACCGCGAGUGUGAGCUGAAGCGGAUCCGGAAGCUGAACCGCAAUGCCUCUCAAUCGGAUUUGCUCGACAUGAACUACGACACUUUCGAAUCGUGCGAGGAACUGUCGGAUGAGGAUAACACGGACGAACCGAUCUAUCCGUUGGCGAGAAAGCUACGAUCGACCAAAUCGAUCAGUGAGCUCUGUGACGUGCUGACCAACUCUAGUCUUUCGCCAAGAGAAACGCCUUCACCACUGUUUGAAAGCCGCUCAAGGACUGCCAAUGGAUGUGGCGGAGGAAUACGGCCAGCAAUGUCCUUAGCGCAGCUGUGCGAUCUCGAUCCAGAGGAGGCACCGUCAUCACACAAGCUGAUUGCACAGUGGGAAAGCUUGAUCCAGCAGAAGCAACAACGAUAAAUGGGUAUUCGGUCUGGUACUGAACAGCCGGAAUCGUUGCUGUUUAUUGAAGACAUGAAAAAACGCGCACUAGAAAAUGGUGACCGGAAGUCGUUGUGAUUUUGCCUUACCGUCGCCUUACCUUCUUGGCAAUUGCAUCGUUCUUAUCUUAUUAUGCUUUGUAUUGUUCGUUCUACUUUUGCUUUACAUUUACAAAUGAAACAUUUGCUUUCUUACUGAACGAAUUAUUAUUUCUUUUCUCAUAUCGCCAAGAAACGACAGUUGGGAUGGAUAUUUAGAGCUGUUGAAUCAGAACGUUGUCGUAGAAGUCGUUACUUAUUCUCCCCUCAAAUAUCGGCGCAGUAGUACCUAAGGGCGUGUGGUGAUGCGUUUCCUAUUAACAUUGCUAGCCGUUUCAACCUGCCAGGUAAAGGCGUAUAGUGCAGGCUCAAACCGAUCGGAAGGAUAGUUGAUUAAUUGCUUGUAAUAUAUACACCGCUAGAGCGUAGAAAAAGCGUGGAAAGAGCGCAAACAAGCGCGUGCAGCAACACAGCGCGCUAAUGACGGGCGAAGCUAGUUCAUAAGAUCUUUUACGCAAAAAAAACAUACGAUAGACAUAUCAUUAGUGUCGUCUGAAGAGCGUGCUUAAAAAGAGAGAGAGAGAGAGAGAGAGAGAGAGAGAGAGAGAGAGAUUGGUGGAGAGGUACGGAGGAUAUAUGUACCGAACAUAAUAUGCUUAAUGUGUUUGUAUUUAUACAUUUAUUUUUUUCAUAUACACGCACGUGCUGUUUGAUAUUGGCGUGUCCAACUGUAUGGAUGAGAAUAAAAGUGAGUUUAAAAUA